AUGCGUAAGAGUGAUCAGAGCCAGCAAACGGACCUUAUUCCACCGUGCCUACCAGUCACAACUGCUUUCAAGGAUGUAAUAACUCAACAACCACUUCCAGCUCUUCCACCCAUCACCUAUUCACAGCCUCCGCAGACAUUACAACUUCCUGCAUAUCCACCUUCCAAUUUGGCUCAUCCACUAUUAAAUCCAGCGAGUACAGCAACAGAUUUAGCUAUGUCCAUGACUACUGGAGUAUCUGCUGUGAGUGCACUUCGUGAAAGACUGCAAGUGUCCUUCGGCACCCCACAAGAAAGAACCAAUCUCAUUUCGGCUGCGUUUAUUCAUCGAUUAAAACAGAGAGUGCAACAGAGGCGAGAGGAGAGCACUUUAAAUGGCAUUAGAAGAAUGAGCGGGAGUGAUGAAUCCUCGGAAGAAGAUGCGUACGAGUUUCAACAAGGCAGACGAAUCAAAACGGGAAGAUUGAGAAGUUCAGUGAGUGACGAUUUUUCACUACUGCUUGUUAAAGCAAACCUUUUGCAUUUUGCUAUGGCGAUUAGAGAAGUCAUCACUGAGGUAAUCUGGAACUCUGACAAAAGGGCUUAA